CUGUGUGGACUGUUGGAGACAUGGUUUUCAUGCCGAACAGGCAACAGCUUCCCUUCCUGGACUUUUCAUCCCGAUCUCUCGUGAACUCUACCUAACAAUCUUUUUUUGUCUCCUUUAACAAAUCUUUGAUUUUGAAAGUCUCGUUCUUCUAAAGAAAGAAGAGGGUUUCUUUGACUCCGCGGUGCCGGCUGGCUGAGACGCUCUGCGCACAGACAAUAAGAGGAAAAGAUCCGAUCACAACAAAAGACACAAGAUGACGGAGGGCCGUCAGUGCCAGAUCCACCUCCUUGAUGGCAGGAAGCUGGAGCUGCUGGUUCAGCCCAAGCUGUUGUCCGUUGAGCUGUUGGAUUUGGUGGCGUCACAUUUUAACCUGAAGGAGAAAGAAUACUUUGGAUUGUCCUUCAUAGAUGACACUGGUCAGAAUAACUGGCUCCAGUUGGAUCGUAAAGUCCUGGAUCAUGACUUCUCCAAGAAUUCAGGGUCUUUGGAACUCAAGUUCCUUGUGAGGUUUUACAUCGAGAAGAUCACCUUUUUGAAAGAGAACACAACAGUGGAGCUGUUCUUCUUGAACGCUAAAUCCUUAGUGUUUAAUGAGAUCAUCGAAGUGGAGAGUGAAAAUGUUUUCAGAUUGACUGCUUUCGCAUUGCAGGAGGCCAAAGGAGAUUACUCCAGUGAGGAGACUACCAGAUCAGACCUUAAACAGCUCCCAGCUUUACCCACAAGAGUACUAAGGGAGCACCCAUCUCUUAAUUACUGUGAGGACAAAGUGAUAGAUCACUACAAGAAACUGAAGGGACAGACCAGAGGACAAGCCAUUGUACAAUUUCUGGCCCUGGUGGAAUCUCUGCCAACGUAUGGAGUCCAUUAUUACCCGGUGAAGGACAAGCAAGGAAUCCCCUGGUGGCUGGGAGUCAGCUACAAAGGCAUUGGCCAGUACGAUUUGCAGGACAGACUGAGACCAAGAAAAUUCUUUCACUGGAAACAGUUGGAGAACUUGUAUUUCCGUGAGAAGAAAUUUGCUGUGGAAGUGAACGACCCACACAGAAGAACGGUGACCAAGAGGACUUUCGGACAGACUGGCCUUGUUAUUCACACUUGGUAUGCCAGCCAUUCUCUGAUUAAAACCAUCUGGGUGAUGGCCAUCAGUCAGCACCAGUUCUACCUGGACAGGAGGCAAAGCAAAUCAAAGAUGACCACAACCAGGAGUACAGGUGACAUCGCCAUGGACCUCACAGAGAUCUGCGCUCCUAGAAUCAGCAAAGUUUCCAACAUCGAGUUCAAAGAUCAGCUUAUCAUGGCCAGCAAUGGAAGCCUCAUCUCAACUGGUUCUGCAGACUCUGAAGUAAAUGAAGAACAAAAGAAAGAGAAAAUUACUGAGCUGAAAAAGAAAGAGAAGGACCUUCAAGACAAACUAACACAGAAACUUGAGGAACUGAAGAAGAUCUGCAUGAGAGAAGCUGAGCUUACAGGCAAAUUGCCCAAAGAGUAUCCCUUGGCAUCAGGUGAGAAGGCUCCACAGGUGAGGCGUCGUGUUGGGACAGCCUUUAAGCUGGAUGACCUUUUCCCCUAUGAUGAGGACCCAUAUCUGAGGAAUCUUGAGAGCAGGUUCGCCUUGCAGCAGAAGAUAGUGGAAGCAGCACUUAAGUUGUCCAAUGAAGCUGACCUCUGCAAGACAGUCAAGAAGAAAAGGAGAAAUAACUGUCUUGAUGCAAUGAGGAAGCUGGAGGAGAUUGAGAAGGAGAUAAACAACUACAGGAUAAAGAAGGGACAGAAGCCAACCCAGAGAGCCUCACUAAUCUUAGCAGAUGAUGUCAACCCUUCAGAUCUCAGCUCUCUAUCUGACAGCCUCACUCUGGAUGACGAUGAUGAGCUCAUGUCCCAGAGACAACGUUCCAGAUCAGUGCAGUAUUCCCCAAGACCACACCAUGCAGAAACACUGGACAUCCACUAUAACAACGACAGACGACCUUCUGCCAAUGACCAGCAUGCAGACAGCAGAUUAUAUUACAACCAAGUUACGGAAUCACUCCAUUUCAGUCACCGUGAUGCCUUUUCAAGCAACAAUAGCCCAUUUAAGCCCGCUUCUAGGCAGCCACGUGAUGCCCGCAGCAUGCCACCCACCCCCAUCCUCACCCGCAACGCCUACAGCAGCACCCAGCUGAGAUCUGAGGAUGCCCCACAACAUUUCCGCCAACGAAGUGGUAGUCUUGAAUCCCAGUCCCAGUUUAUGACAGAGUCUGAACAACCUGUGCAAACCUUCACCUUCUCCCAAGCAAGACGCAGCAACAGCACUGAGGUGCUUGAUGACGGCUCCUCCUACACAAGUCAGUCCAGUGUGGAGUACUGCAACCCAGGCAACCACGCCCACAGACGUCGAGUGCGCGGCCGGCACAGGAAAGACGUGUACGCCAACACUGGUAGUAUGCCCAACCUGGCACAGCCAGACCCCCGCUACCUACCGCGGGCCCGCCCAACCACAACAGCCUACUACAUCACAGGCUACCCUAGCUACACGGAUCCAGAGCCUUACUCAAAUAGUGCCUACAUGUACGACAAUGAGAUGGAGGGACACUAUAAUGUCAACCCUUCUUACCAUGCAACUCCAGCUUAUCACAGCCACAUCAUGCCCAGCAGCUAUGGCCAUGAUGAGAUAGACGGCAUGUCACAGAACCCGUACGCCACACUGAGGCCACCCAAGAACCGUCCGAUGCCUCGCAGCAACGAACCAGCCAGAAAGAACAUCCAGAAGGCUCUGGUGGCGGAACAUUUGAGAGGCUGGUACCAGCGUAACGCUGCACAAAAGCAAGCAGCAUUCAACUACGACUACGACAGAGGCUCUCAGCAGAGUUUGGGAUACCAGACUAUGCCAGCACCCUACGGCCACAGCAGUCACAUUGCAUACUCAACAGUGUCCUCAACGCCCUCGAGUGCAAACUGGCACAGCAGCAUGAGUGUUAGCGGUAUAUCGGAAUAUGACAUGCCUAUGCAUGCACCACAGUCCUACUCUUACACUACAGCACCAUACAACUGCUCCGCCCAAACCAGAUAUUCCCCCGAGUUUGAGUGGCAGAGCUCUGAUAGCCCUGUGGGGCCUUUAGACAAGUGUGGUGCUGUUGCCUAUGCUAUUGACCAAGAAAAUUAGCUCCAUUCCCCUGUUUAUCAAAGAAAAAUGAUCUUACAUAGAUGUCAGCCAAAUGGAAAGUAACCUGGAGCCAGAAGACCAAAUUUACUGGCACGAAGACUCAAAACCCGGAACAAUAGUGUAGCGUCUUGGCCGUCACUGCGCUGUAGUUUUCACCAUGACAAGCUGUCAUCGUGCCUUAAACUGCACUUACCUGUUUUUGUGUAUGAGAGGAUCCAAAGAGUGAAGUAACAUAUCUUCUGUGGAGUGCAGCAUGAGAAGAAAACGAAGUUCUCACAUUUUUUUUCUCCACAAUGCAAUUGCCAAACAGUUUUUAGAGAAUAUCAAACUCCCAUCAGAGCAUCUACAGGUCUGGAUUGCGAGUGUUUGGAUUGAUGGUACUUGUGCACUUAAACUAUACAAGGACAUGCUGUGGACUGUGUGAUAUCAAAGGGAAUGUGGACUAAAUCUAGAAUUGUGUUUUGUGGAGAUACAAACUUACAAAACCAAGGACUAGGACUAUCUCUGUAAGAGGAUACUGAGCCACAGUGAACAAGAAUGACUCUUCCUGCUUCUCACUUACUAUGAACACUGUAACCAUGAAGGAUUGGACAUAAAAUGAUAAAGACUUGGUUUAAAUGAAGGAAUUAACUCAAAAAUGAGUUUAAAUGAUGGCUAUGAUCGACUGAUGUCAUUGUUUGUAGCUCCCACAGUGUUUCAUGUACUCAUGUUUGUUAGUUACUCAGUAUUGAGUCUAUCUCACUGUCAGUUCGGACAAUUGAGCCAAUCACUUCUGCCACACCAUUUGAGUAUUUCCUGCAGCCAUCAACUCAUACGUCACUGCCACAUCUGAUCAGUGCAAAAAGAUAUAAGUCUAGUUUUGUUUUGUUUUUUACAUGGUAAUCUCAUCCAUGCUGGAAGUCAUGGACUGGUGCUCAUAAUUUCUGUCAAAAGAAUGACACUGUAUGUUAAUGUUGAUAUUGUAAAUACACUGGUUCCAUUUUUUUAGAGAGCAUUUGUAUGUAUUUUGAAAGCAUGUAAUAUAUAGUUAACAAUGGUUUUUUAAGCUGGUUCUUAGUUAUUUGUAUUAUUGAAUUCACGUGAAUUAAAAAAUACAUUUGACUCAAUUGUUCAGCUUGAAUGUGAUAAAAAUAGAUUAGCAAGAACCAUUCACAAAUGCCAGUUUAUCUUGUGAAUGGGUAUUUGCAAGAGGGGAAAAUGGAAUUAAAUCAAAUUCUAACUGUAACUGCAUGUCCUUCAAAAAUGCAAGGCACACUGGGAUAUGUAUAGAAUUAAAAUGCCUUAUUUUACAUGACAAAAAUAGCCACAGGUUGUCACCUACUCAGGUCUUCAUCAGGGCCAUUGUUAGCAGUUGUCGUGGCACACCUGUGAUGUUUAGCAGCACUGUGCAUGGAAAAAUGAGUAGGUCACAACCCAACCGUUGUCUUUGAAUAUGUCAUUCAAAUAUAGUUUGCAGUGUAAAAUAUGUCAUUCAAUUCAAUGCAAACUGUACUGUGUGCUAGUUACAGUCUGAUUUUCUUACAUCUAGUUUUGUUUUUACUGAACUUACUUACUCCUGCAAUUACCCCUUCACAUGAACUGAGCAAAGCAAACCCAAAGUUUCCAAAGAGCACCUACAGUGCAUUCAAAAAAUUAUUCAGACACCUUUCAUUUUUUUCGUUUUUCUCAAGUUACACCCUGAUGCUACAGUCAAAAAAAUGCAUUUUGAAUUGUCAUUUAUCUGCAACCAGUGCCCUGUCAUGAUAAAAUGAAAACUGGAUUUAAGAAUUUUUUGCAAUUUUACUUUUAUUUUAAUUGUAUCAAAACAUAUAUAUCACAUUGACCUAAGUAUUCAGACCCUUUGCCUUCUCCAGAUCUGUGCCUUGCAACAAUCCUGUCUCUGAAUUCAGAGUCAGGAUUUUUUGACCUCAUGGCUUGGUUUUUGCGCUGAUAUGCAUUAUCAGCUGUGAGACCUUCGUUAGAGAGGUGCGUGCAGAUUCAGAUAAUGUUCAAUCAAUUUAAUUUACUACAGUCGAACUCUAAUCAAGGUGUAGAAACAUCUCAGCGAAGAUCAAAAGAAAUGGAAGG